ACCCCAGGCGUAGGGUUGUUGUUGACAUGCUGAUGGGGACAGAGCGUUAUGAGGAUGUUCAGGGGCAGGUUGGAUACUAUCCCCUUGUGCUUCAGCAAUGCAAAACACUGGGCAUAGGGGCGAUUGUGCAGACCCUGGAAAUGGCUGCUCCGAAGCAGCCGUUUUCAACCGUUUUCCAGGGGGAUGAUGAGCCUUUUAUGGUAUUUCUGGGAAGGUUGAUUGCGUCCGUGGAGAGGCAGGUGCCUGAUCCUCUGGAGAGGGAAGUUACGAUUGCAAACCUUGUCAAGUGCAAUUGUAAUGAAGCCUGUAAUAAGGUUAUAGUGGCUAUGCCUGGUGAUCCUAGUGUCUGGGUGAUGGCAGAAGCCUGUGCAAACAUCAUUCCCUCACGUUGGAAGUUGGCCGCUGUGGCUGCCGCUGUGCAGCCGGUCUGGGCAGCACCGCAGGGUGGGCGGCCACAGCAGGGGAAUGCGCAGUCUAGCAGGAAGCGGGGGAAGAAGGUGCAGAAGGUCAAAUUCCCCAUGUUCUUGUGCGGUCAGUGUGGUAGGCCGAAUCACAUGUCUAACGUUUGUAAGGCGACUUUUCAUGCUAAUGGCCAGGCUUUACCGGGUUCGGGAAACGUGAAGCGGAGCGCGCAGCAGGAGGGGCGCGCUCAGACACAAGCUUCCCUCCAGACCCAGGUACCAAUGGAGGUCUCCUUUGCCGGCUUGCAGCCAGCACCUGCGGAUCAGCAGGUGUGGACGUCUGCACCGCAGCAACAGUCGUCUUAGACUCGUCUGAGAUACGCAAGGUUCCCCUAGAUGCCUUUGGUCCCUUGGGUGGGGGCAUGAGUGCUCUCCUUAUGGGGAGGUCCAGUGCCACCUUUCAGGGCUCAUUGUGCACCUGGGGCUCAUUGAUGCAGAUUUUACAGGACAGAUUU